GUGCUACGCAAGAAAGUUGACCGUAUAUAUAUAUAUAUGUAUAACCUAACUACAGUGAUUACUUUACUGUAAUUUUGAUAGAUAAUGCGAAUUCUAAGAUUAAAUUGACAAUAUUUUAUCAUAACGUUUUUUCAGUGUAUUUAUGUUAAUAUUCUUAUAGUUUUAUUUGUCUAAGUGAUUACGAGCUGCAAUACUCAUUUUUUUUGUGAGAUAACAUAUAUUUAUAAUUUAGUACUAAUACGCUUCACGCAAUAUGAAGUUAAGUACGGAUUUGUAUGAUAACUUAUAUCUAUAUGCUACACCAGAGAAAUUUUAUGUCGAACCAGUGGGUACUAAAGUAUUACUCGUAGUUGAUAGAGUAAGUCAACAAGUUUAUACUCAAGUUGGUACUGCCAGUUUAAUACCAUCUACUGCGAGUCGUAGAAAGAUAUGGGGAAUAGUAGGAAAUAUUCGCCUUUUAGCGUGUCGUUAUCUUAUAGUAAUUACAGAUGCGCUAAUGAUUGGAACAAUAGCUGGUCAACAAAUUUAUAGAAUUGUUUCCACAGAUGUGAUACCAUAUUCGAGAUCAUCUUUACAUUUGAGUGAAAAACAAGUACAGAAUAAUGCUACAUAUUUAGAGAUGGUUAAGUCCGUUCUAAAUACACCUUACUUUUACUUUAGUUAUACAUACGACCUUAGUCAUACUACACAAAGGCUACAUAACACCACACCCGAAUUUUUACAAAUGACACUUCAUGAUAGGGCAGAUCCUCGAUUUGUAUGGAACUCUUACCUUUUACAAGAUUUAACGGCAAGGGUUGAGCUAUACAAAUUUUGCUUGCCUAUUAUACAUGGAUUUGUAUCUCUGAACACUGUUGUUGUCAAUAAUAUUGCAUUCAAUUGGGGUAUUGUUUCAAGGCGUAGUAUUCAUCGCGCAGGUACAAGACUUUUUUCACGUGGUAUAGAUUCUACUGGAAAUGUUUCUAAUUAUGUAGAAACAGAACAGUUAAUUGAGUUAAAUGGGUAUCGUAGUUCUUUUGUACAAACGCGAGGUUCCAUACCUUUAUUUUGGUAUCAAGCUCCAAAUUUGAAAUAUAAACCUAAGCCACAGUUAAGUGUUCAUGAAGAUCAUCAAACUGCAUGUGCGAGACAUUUUGAUUCUCAGAUUUUCCAUUAUGGAAAACAAAUUUUGGUAAACUUGAUUAACCAACAUGGGCUAGAAGCUACAUUAGAAAAAUCAUAUCGCGAUGUAGUUCAAAGAAUUAAUAAUCAAAAUGUACGGUAUGAAGCUUUCGAUUUUCACGCAGAAUGUAGAAGAUUAAGAUGGGAUAGAUUAAAUAUUUUGAUGGACCGAUUAGCUCAUGAUCAGGAGCAAAUGGGCUAUUUCCUUCUCACGAGAGAUGGACUAUUACUUUCUGCGCAAGAUGGUGUUUUCCGUACAAAUUGUAUCGACUGUCUUGAUCGCACUAACGUUGUUCAAAGUAUGUUAGCAAAAAGAGUUUUAAAUGAAAUAUUAGCAAAGCUGGAAGUACUUCGAAAAAUCGAAGAUCAUCCUUCUUUUGAGAACCUUUUCAAACAGGUAUGGGCUGAUAAUGCAGACGUUAUAAGCAUACAAUAUUCUGGUACUGGUGCAUUAAAAACUGAUUUUACACGAACUGGAAAACGUACAAAAUUGGGUGCUUUUAGAGAUGGUAUCAAUUCAUUAACAAGAUACUAUAAAAAUAAUUUUUCUGAUGGUUAUCGACAGGAUUCAUUGGAACUCUUCUUAGGUCGCUAUAUUGUGCAAGAUGGCGAAUGUACUUUGAUUCAGUGUCCUUUAGAAUCUGAUCGAAAUUGGCGAUAUGCUACAUUCCCACUUGUUUUGCUGAUUGCAUCAUCGAUGCUUGUUGCACAUAUAAUUCUCCCCUCUCGAUAUACUACAGAAGCUUUACUUUAUAUGCUAUUUUGGGGUGCUAUGGUUGCUGGAACUUUUGCAACCAUUAUUCAUCAUGGAAAGCAAUAUGUAGAUAAACCUAAAUUAAUAUAGAAGGAAUAUGCAAUUCCUUUUUAAGGCAUAUGCACUAUAAAAACUUUAUAAUUAACAAGGAAAGAUGAUUUAAAUCAAGGAAAGCUUUAACUUCAUACACAUUUUAUUGUUAGUCCGUUAAGUAGAAGUACUUUAUUGUAUGGAAGUUAAAGGAGCAUCUGUAUAUUCUUGCAUUCCAUAUGAUUUUUCCUCGUGAAUUGUAAAACAUUAUAGUGCAUAUUUUCAUACAUUUUAAGAUGUACAUAUAUUCUCUAUGAGGUGGACAAGUGUAUGGUGGAAUCGCUUUUCAUUCUUCUUGAGAGGUUGUUUCAGGUGUAGGUUUUUUGACAAUUUGCAAUUUCUUAAGUAUUGUGAAUACUAUAUUAUGUUUCAAAGAUAAUUGUUCAUUGGGAUUGGCUUUACAUCUUGAAAUAAACUCAUCCAUCGUAUUAUACAAAGUUAAGUCCUUAGUUUCUGGUAAUACCUGUGUUAGUAAGGCACUUACAAAUACUGUGAAUCCACAAAUUGAAUUUGGCACCCACCAUCCAUAAAUAACCUGUAAUUGUAAUAAAAUUAUAUUUAACAUCUUUAUUUCUCCAAUCGUCCAAAUCUUUUGGAUUUUAGUGUGUUAUAAAUGGUAUUGUAUCUUACGAUAAAAAUAUUUACUUAGUAGAAAGAAAUACAAUAAUCAUAAAAAGAG